AUGAGCUCCUAUUUUGUCAACUCACUCUUCUCCAAAUACAAAACCGGCGACUCCCUGCGCCCCAAUUACUAUGACUGUGGGUUCGCUCAGGAUCUCGGGGGCAGACCCACCGUGGUGUACGGACCCAGCACGGGGGGCACCUUCCAGCACCCGCCCCAAAUCCAGGAGUUCUACCACGGAGCGUCCUCGCUCUCCAGCUCCCCUUACCAACAGAAUCCCUGCGCCGUGGCGUGCCAUGGGGACCCCGGCAACUUCUACGGCUACGAGCCCUUGCAGAGGCAGAGCCUCUUCGGCGCGCAGGAGCCCGAGCUGGUGCAGUACGCGGACUGCAAGCUCGCCGCCAGCGGCCUCGGAGAGGAGGCGGAGAGCUCGGAGCAGAGCCCUUCUCCGACCCAGCUUUUCCCCUGGAUGCGACCGCAAGCAGCCGCCGGACGCAGGAGGGGGAGGCAAACCUACAGCCGCUACCAGACGCUGGAGCUGGAGAAGGAAUUUCUAUUUAAUCCCUACCUGACCCGCAAGCGGAGGAUCGAGGUCUCGCAUGCCCUGGGAUUGACAGAGAGGCAGGUCAAAAUCUGGUUCCAGAACAGGAGGAUGAAAUGGAAAAAGGAGAACAACAAAGACAAGUUUCCCAGCAGCAAAUGCGAGCAGGAAGAACUGGAAAAACAGAAAAUGGAAAGGGCCCAGGAGGUGGACGAGGAAGGGGAAGCACAGAAGGCGGACAAGAAAUAA